AUGUCCAGACGCAAACUUGGAAGCAGACCGCAGCACCUGAGUGCAAUUCAAGGUAAGCCGAGGGGGAGAGCAACGAUGUCGGAUGGCACCAGUACAUCAGAGGAGCAGCCUCCCGCUCCACAGGUCAGAGCUGCUGACGAGGGUCGUGAUCUUCUGACCUGCGGCCAGUGCAGCAGGGCCUUCCCCCUCGCCCACAUACUGGCGUUCAUCCAGCACAAACAGGGUGGCUGCAGGUCCCAAAACCAAGCCCCUAACGCCAGCACCACACCCCCCUCGCCAGCCAACCAAGCCCAGCAGCGUGUCCUGGGUGCCGAGCUGGGGCCGGGGUUCAUCGAGCUGAGGAGAGGGGCCGCCAGGAACAGAGCCGCCGCCUGGGGGGUGGAGCCCGGCGUAAAGGUGAAGGCGGAGCUCGGUAAAGCAGUGCCCGGCGAGCCCUCCUAUUUUACCUGCCAGCAGUGUGAAGGUGUGUUUCCAUCUGCAUGGGCGCUCUUACAGCACGCUCAAUACAUACACUCCUUCAGCAUCUACCAAGAAGAUGAGGAGGAUGACAUGGACAUGAGAGGAGGAGAAAGAGGAGGUCUUAAAGACAACAAACCUGCUGCAGCCACUCUGGACCCGCGCCACCUGGGCCAAGCACUUGCCUCUGCCUUCCAGCCCUCGGCCAUGCGCCUUGGUCGCUCCCGUCAGACACACACCAACUCCUCCUCCUCCUCCUCCUCCAGGAACCUGCAGGCUCUGAACUUUUCAGUGCGGCUCAGGGAGCUUGCUGAGGGGAAUAAUAACACCACCAGCGGCUUUCCUGGAGGCCUGGUGCUGUCUCCAUCCUGUUCUCCACCAGCCGCUUCUAUCUUUCCUCAGACUGGCGUCCUCCAGGACUUCCACUGUGAGCUGUGUGACAUGAACUUCCAAUCUAUGCGUGCUCUGACCUCCCACCGCCGGACUCACGCCUGUGAGAGCCCCUAUCACUGUGGAGUGUGUGGGCAGGCCUUUAACCAGAGCGGCCAGCUUGCCCGUCACAUAAGGAGCCAUCACAGAGAGGUUGGAGGUGGAGGGACUGCAAUCACGGGAAAGGGGAUGGUUGCUACAGAUGUGAGAGCCCAGGGCCCCUCCGAGCUUGACCUGACCCUGCCCAAACACCCCUCCAUAGCUUCAGGCCUGAUGCUGCUGACCUCGCAGGUUAGACAGCCAGACAGAGAGCUGCUGAGGCUGUACCAGCGCCAGAGAGAAGGAGGGGAGGAGGAAGCAGAGGGGCAGGGGGAGCCCCAGCACGCCUCACCCUGCGCCAGCCCCUCUGAAGGCUCACUGGAGAGUGGAGAGACGGGGGGGAGCGGUGAGAGCGGUAUUGCUAGCGGGAACUGUACACCUAAACGGCCUGAGAUGGGCGACAGGGUGCGAGGAGUAGGAGAGUGGGAGAACGAAAGAGGAGAGAUCAUCGAGAGAGAGAAGGAGUGGACCUCUGCUAAAGUCAGCGAGGCUUUGCAGGAGUGGCAGAGAGAGAAUGAGCGGAGGAGUGUGGGAGGAGGUGUCAGCAGUGGAGGAAAUAAUAACAAUACCACCACUAAUUCAGCUGGUAGGAAGAAGAAAGACGAAGCCUGUGAGUACUGUGGUAAACAGUUCCGCAACAGCAGCAACCUGACUGUGCACCGCCGCAGCCACACAGGUGAACGACCCUACCGUUGCGGCCUCUGCAACUACGCUUGCGCUCAGAGUUCAAAGUUAACACGCCACAUGAAGACCCACGGGGCCCAAGGAGCCAAAGCUCCCUUCCUGUGCCAGCUCUGCGCAGUACCCUUUACUGUUUAUGCCACCCUGGAGAAGCACCUGAAGAAAGUUCACGGCCUGAGCCACGCUAGCGUGGGAGCCUACGCGCAGACAAUAAAGGCUGAAGAGGAAGCAGUAGUGGUGAAAAUGGAGGAGGAUGAAGCGAGUUUAGAUCAGAUAGAAAUGGGGAGCAAAAUGCAGGGUGAUGAGGUGAACAUUAUGGAGGUGGAGGAAAGGCAGAGCCAAGAUGAUUAUGUGGAGAACACAGGGAGUCCGGCUAUAGUGGGCGAUCUCCCGUCUGAGGGCAGCGCAGAAGUGGGCAUAGCUUUGACUUCUGCACCAUGA